AUGGAGAUUUCGACAAGGACGCUGAUCGGAUAUAAAGCAGAUAUUAAAGUGUUAAUGAUCACUGGCACCGGAGACACUUGCAAAGACCUAGAACCGCAGGAUACGUUAACGGAUCCCGGAGAUAGCCCACAAAGAGGCCGUUCUUUUGGUUCCGCCGUGGAGCGGCCAUUUGAUUCGUGGCCCAAAUCCAGAUACUGGCCCCACGCCACAAUUCAACAAGAAAUCCAAGGGGGAGAAAUUCCCUUCGAAAAGCUGCUGGAAAUAUUCCAAAAACUGAAGGUCCCGGUCGACGUGAUUCACGCGAAAUGCGUCUUCAAGGCAGCGGAUCACGGUAAAUGCGGACUGAUCGGCGCAGAGGGAUUUAAGUCCAUUUACAAAGCUUUCAUCCGCCGCCCGGAGCUGCUGGACCUGUUUAACCGUCUCAGUGCUGGCCAGCAAAUCCUCCCGGCUAACAAUCUCCUGGACUUCAUGCGCGGAGAGCAGUACGAGGUCAGCGUGAGCGAGCAGAACGCCGUGGAGCUGAUCGAGAAAUACGAGCCGGUUAUCGAGGCCCAGAGAACGCGCUCCAUGACCUUCGAGGGAUUCGCGAGGUUCCUGAAUUCGGCAGAUAGCGGGAUAUUCCGGAGGGACUGCGCGCGGAUUUACCAGGACAUGCGCCUGCCGCUCAGCGAUUACUUCAUCUCCACGUCACACAACACGUACCUGAUCGCCGACCAGCUGGUGGGGCAGAGUCACCUGUGGGGUUACGGGAGUGCUCUGCUGAGAGGCUGCCGGUGUCUGGAGAUUGAUUGCUGGGACGGUCUGGACGGGGAGCCGGUGGUCUAUCACGGACACACUCUAACCAGCAAACUAUUGUUCAAAACCGUCAUCUACGUCAUAGAGAAAUACGCCUUUGUGGCGUCUCAUUACCCCGUGGUGCUGUCCCUGGAGAAUCACUGCUCCCCUGUGCAGCAGGAGACGAUGGCGCAACAUCUAAAGAGUUUUCUUGGGGACAAACUGCUCACCAUGGCAACCGGAAACGCCCCCGACAGACUGCCGUCCCCCGAGGAACUUAAAUUUAAAAUUCUGAUAAAGAAUAAGAAGAUCGGCUCGCUGCAGGACGCUGCCCUCACCUACGGGACGAACAAACAUGGCCGGGUCGGGGAAUACAUAGAAGCGGCUGACGAUGACAACGAUGACGCCGAAGAGACUCCAUGGAAAGGCCAGAAAAUGACUCAGUCACUGAAAGUAAAGCUUCUGAACACACAAAAACGGUCAAAACCCAAACCAAAGCUGGAGAAGGUGACUCUGGCUCUGGAACUCUCAGAUCUUGUCAUUUAUAUGAAAUCAGUCAAAUUCAAAAGUUUCGCUCACUCGAGAUGUCAUCAGGAGUUCUAUGAAAAUAAUUCCAUAGCGGAGGAUGUGGCGGAGCGGCUGGCGAGACAGUCAGCCGAAGAAUUUAUUUCUCACAACAUGAAAUUCAUCACCAGGAUCUACCCCAAAGCAACGAGGACGUCGUCCUCCAACCCGAACCCGCAGACGUUCUGGAACGUGGGUUGCCAGAUGGUGGCGCUGAAUUAUCAGACGGCCGGGACUCCCAUGGAUCUGCAGGACGGGAAAUUCCUGGACAAUGGAGGCUGCGGAUACGUUCUAAAGCCGGGGUUCCUGCGGAAAGAAAAACUCGCGUUCACCUUAGAUCGCCCGCCGCCGAACCGUCGCCCGAUCGCCCUGUCCAUUCAGAUAAUCAGUGGGUUUCUGCUGCCCCCGAGCAGCCUGUCUGUGGGUAACACGGCCGACCCCGUGGUGUCAGUCGAAUUGUUCGGAGUCCCGGCUGAUCAGUCCAAGAAACAGACGCAGGUCACAAAGAGCAACGCCUUUAACCCUCGCUGGAACCAGCCUCUGACCUUCACCGUCCACGUCCCGGAGCUGGCGCUGGUGCGAUUCUGCGUAGAGGAUCAGAUGGCGUUUCUGUCCAACCAGUUCCUCGGCCAGUACACCCUGCCGCUAACGUGCAUUAAUAAAGGUUACCGCAACGUUCCUCUUCUCAAUAAGAACGGCCAAAGCCUCGUUCCCGCGUCUUUGUUUGUCCACGUUUGGUACCACUGACCCCCGGGAGCCGGAUCCGUCCCCCAAUAAAGCAGCAAAUGGAGAAAA